CAAUUUCUUGUCAAAGUUGAGGUUGUAAAAGGGAAAGCCCUCUCAGUGAUUAUUUUGUUGUAAAUAUUAAAAAAUGGCAGAUUCAGCCACAGAAAUACCUCUAAAUAUAGAGGACAGUGUUCGCGAUGCUGUUCAAAAUGCCACGGCUAAAGCAACAAAUAGUAUUGAGGGGGUCGCAAUUGCUUACUUGAGUUUAGUUAUUAUGGCUAUUUUACCAAUAUUUUUUGGAUCAUUUAGGUCCGUAAAAUACCUAAAAGAGCAGAAGGUAAGAUACUUUAUGUUUAAAUGAGUUUACCAAUUCAUAUGGAGUCCUAUUCUAAGUUAUUAUCGGCCCAAUACGAAAAGGACACGUCCCACGUCGUGGCAUAUUUUGUAUACGAUUAGUGCGUACGUAAAUAACCUGAACUAAUUAAAGCAUUCGAAAUUUUUAUGUUUGACAUUGAUAUAAAUAAUUACUCUAAAUUAUUAUCAAUAUUUUAUUUACAGACUUAUAAAAUUCGUAGUACCUAUAACUUAAGAACACAUACUUAAAUAUAUUAUUUUAUCCAUGAUGCUGGAGAGCGUGCAGAGACUAUGUCAAACAAGGAUGCUCUGAUGUUUCCACUGAUAGCAUCAUGUGCGCUGUUUGCUCUAUACAUCUUCUUCCAGUUCUUUUCAAAGGAGUAUAUUAAUCUUCUACUCACAGUAUACUUCUUCUUCCUUGGGGUGCUGGCGCUCAGUCAUCUUCUCAGCCCCAUAAUUUCGUUCGUGGUACCGGCGUCGGUGCCCAACGUGUCGUACCACAUUCACUUCACGCGCGCCGGCGACGGAGGCUCCCGCUCCGACAUCAUCAACUACAAGUUCACCUCGUACGACGUCAUCUGUCUCCUCAUCUCGCUCUGUCUCGGCGCCUGGUACUUGCUGAAGAAGCACUGGAUCGCGAACAACCUGUUCGGCAUAGCGUUCGCGAUCAACGGCGUGGAGCUACUGCACCUCAACAACGUGGUGACGGGCUGCAUCCUGCUAUGCGGCCUGUUCCUUUACGAUAUCUUCUGGGUGUUCGGCACUAAUGUCAUGGUCACCGUCGCCAAGUCAUUCGAGGCGCCGAUCAAACUGGUGUUCCCUCAAGACUUGCUCGUGAACGGAUUAAACGCUAGCAACUUCGCCAUGCUCGGCCUCGGAGACAUAGUGGUGCCCGGAAUCUUCAUUGCCCUCCUACUGCGGUUCGACAAGUCACUCAAACGGAAUUCGGAGUUCUACUUCCGAGCGACUUUCACUGCGUACAUCGUGGGAUUGUUGGCGACCAUACUCAUCAUGCACAUGUUCAAGCAUGCUCAACCUGCGCUCCUGUAUUUAGUUCCGGCCUGUUUGGGCACGCCCCUGUCGUUGGCUCUGCUGAAAGGCGAUAUCAAUGCGCUGUUCAACUAUGAAGAUCAACCAGCCAUUAUAGAGGCCGCCACUGACGCCAAGGCGAAGAAGUCUGAAUAAGCACAAACGAAAACCUACGUCGUAUCAAGUACAUUCGUUACGGGAAAUAAAAAAGCCUUUAUUUUUUUAAUCUCUAUGACAUGGUGAGGGACCAUGGCCCGUGGCUUUUGGCCGGCGCUGCGGUGCCAUUUUUUUUUAAUGCAACACAGAUCAUUUCUUACCGUAAUAAAAGAGAAAAAAAUAACAAUUUUCCGCAUUUCUUUACUUAGGUCCAAUUGCAGCAAUUUAGCUAAAUCUCAAUUUAACCAAAGCUAUAGUUAGUCCAUACAAUGAUGUCAAAUUGACAGUGACGUUUUGUCAUUGUUCUAGUUUCAGAUUCUGUACCCCUAGCACGAAACAUUAUCGAAUUCGUAUGGUUUGCGAGUGCUAAAUGUCAAAAUUUGUAUGGAAACUUGAACAGCAGCGCCACAAUGUAUGUAACGAGGACUAAAAAUCAGUACACAUUUGACAAUGACAUUUCGGACUCGCAAAUGUUACGAAUUCGAUAUUGAUUUGUGCUAAGGAUACAGAUCUAGUUUUAAUUGAAUCGAGGUUUAGUAAAUUUGGUGCAAGUGGACCUUAAUAAUGGAAAAAAUAACCAAAAACAGUUUUUAGCAGUUAUCC